AUGGCGGGCCCCUUAUCACACCACCGGCGACUAAGUGGCAUCGAACAGCAGCCGGGCUUCAUGGGUGCUCUGGCGCGGUUCUGGCAGCGCUCAUAUGCGUCAGAUUACGUCGGUCUAGCUAUGAUCGCAGCAGCUUAUGCACUGCUACGAUUGUUCAUGGAUCCCUUUCACCGCAUGUUCUCUUUGGACAACCUUGCAAUACAAUAUCCUCAUGCUGAGGUUGAGCGUGUGCCAGUCCCAUUCCUUUUCGUCUACGCUGGCGCCAUCCCAUUGGCCCUCAUCAUCAUAUGGGCUCUCGUCCUUCGCCCAACUAUCCACAAGGCUCACGUCACAGUCCUCGGGUUCAUCAUCAGCCUCAUUCUUACAUCCUUUCUCACCGACGUUGUGAAGAACAGCGUUGGCAGACCGCGGCCCGACCUCAUUGCGCGGUGUAAGCCAGAACCCGGCACACCCGCCCACGCCCUUGUGACGUUCGAGAUCUGCACUGAAACCGACCACCACGCCCUCCAUGACGGCUGGCGCAGCUUCCCUUCUGGCCACAGUUCCUUCGCCUUUAGCGGUCUGGGCUAUUUCGCCCUGUUUCUUGCGGGACAGCUCUUUGUUUUUCGACCAAGGACCGACCUCGCGCGGGCCUUACUGGCGUUUGCUCCUAUGCUCGGCGCUGCGUUAAUCGCCAUCAGCCGGUGUGAGGAUUAUCGACAUGACGUUUACGAUGUCACGGCAGGUUCUUUUCUUGGCUUUGGCAUCGCGCUAUUCACGUAUAGGCGGUAUUACCCGCCGCUGAGACACCGACUCUGCGACACGCCGUAUCCGAAUCCUUCGGAUGCCAUAGGGGGCAGGCGGAAGGCGAGGGAUGAGGAGGGCGGAAUCCGUGAUCCAGCGGACUUUGAAGUGGAUGAAGAUGAUGAGGGGGAGAGUAUUCCGCUGAACAAUAUAGAUAGAUAA